AUGGAGAAAUUUUACUCUAUCUGGAAGCACACGUUCUGGUGUGGAAACGGGGAUGACUUUCGCUAUAAAAUCACCCAGGGAAGCCAAAAGUUCACAUCGUUCUCCAACCCCAAGACACCUGCGCACCUGAAGCCGCUCACGGUGGUGCUGCGGCCGGCCGGCCUCGGGAAGACCACGCUGGCCAAGAAGUGGAUGCUGGACUGGACACAGGGCAACGCCCCCGGGACACCCGCCAGCGCGAUCCUGGCCCAGGGGCGGAAGGUCCUGUUUGUCGUGGACGGUUUCGAUGAGCUGAGGGUCCCCUCGGGGUCACUCAUCCGUGACACCUGCGGGGACUGGAGGAGGAGAAGCCGUGCCGUCCUGCUGGGCAGCUUGCUGAAGAGAAAGCUGCUGCCCAAGGCCACGCUGCGUCCUUUUCUGUCCCUCCCUCCUAGGUCCCGGCCCGACCACCAGGCUCUUCGCCUCUGGGUGCACCUCUGCUCCGUGUUGAGCUCGAAGGAGAGGCUGAGCUCGCUGGACGUGAGCCAGAGCUCCCUGAGCCGCUCCUCCGUGCGGAUCCUCUGUGAGCAGAUAACCCCAGUCGCCUGUCGCCUCCAGAAGGUGGUGUAAAAACGUCCCCCCGCGGAAGCCUAUGGGGACUUCUGCCUGGCGCUCGGCAAGGGGACCCUGACGCACCUGGCCCUGGGGCGCCACGCCCGGGCGGGGGCGCUGCUGCGCGAGGCCCUGAAGCUCAGGGGGUGCAACCUGCGGCAUCUCAGGCUGGGGGCUUGUUCUGACCUCGCUCAGCAGUGGGAUGAUAUCUCCUUGGCCCUCGAAGUCAACCAGUCCCUGCAAUCCCUGGACCUCACGGCCAGCGAGCUCGGGGACCAGGGCGCCAAGCUGCUGGGCACGAGUCUGAGGCACCCGAAGUGCCUCCUGCAGCGGCUGGUGUUGGAAAACUGUCGCCUCACACAAGCCUGCUGCCAGGAGCUCUCGUCCGCUUUGAUGGUCAACCCUCGGCUGACGCACCUGAGCCUGGCCAAGAACGACCUUGGGGACGGUGGGGUGAGGCUUCUGUGCGAGGGCCUGAGCUACCCCGAGAGUCGGCUGCAGACCUUGGCGCCGAGUCAGUGCCACAUAGCCCGACUCGGCUGCAAGCACAUCUCCGCCCUUCUCCAGGGAGACUCCAGCCUGACGCACCUGGGCCUGGGCCUCAACCCCAUCGCCACGGGGCUGUGCUUCCUCUGUGAGGCGCCGAAGAGGCCCAGCUGCAACCUCAGGUGCCUGGGCCAGUGGAAAGAAUACCCGCAGGCUCCGGGGCUGCUCAUCUCGGCCUUCUGCUGCCAGGAGCUCGCGUCCGCUCUCGCCCGCAACCAGAGGCUGGAGGCGCUGGACCUGGGCCAGAACGCGCUGGGCCAGCGAGGGGUCGCCUUGCUCUUCAAGGCUCUGAAACGAAGCCCCUGCCCCUUGAAGACGCUCAGGCUGAGGACAGANUUUGAAGACGCUCAGGCUGAGGACAGACGAAUCCAGCGCCAGACCCAGCAGCUGCUGAAGGAAGUGAGAGACAGCAGCCCCAAGCUGACCAUCGGCUGUCAGGGUGUCCGCGCGACCAGGCCGUCCUACUGCGACUUCCUGUCCUGA